GAUUAUGAAAUUUGGUCACCAAUAGUUUUUUCCAAUAUAAAUUCCCUUUCCAUUCCAUCUAAAAGAAGAAAAAAAAGAAAACCAAUUGAACGACCCAACGGCCAAGAUUGGUUAAGAUUUGUGCUGGUGGGUGGGAAAUGAAAACAGCGUUUUGAUAUUUCCAUUAAUAUACGUGCAGUCAGGUUGUUGCAAGGGGAGGGUGACAGAGAGUUGACUUGACUUACCUGACUCUGCUUUAUUUUCAUCAUCUAAUUUCAUUCUAGAAGUAGAGUUGAUUCACAAUUCACUUCUGUAAGAGAAGCUCUUGAAAAAAUAUGGCGAAUUCCUGUGACGUUGUAAUUUUGGGUGCUUCUGGUUUCACCGGUAAAUAUGUAGUAAGAGAAGCUCUAAAAUUUCUUAACACUUCAACUUCUUCUUCAACAUCUCCACUCAUAACCCUAGGUUUAGCAGGAAGAAACCCUACAAAACUCUCAGAAACACUAAAAUGGGCAUUAUCAAAUUCACAAUUUGAAAACCCAGAUUCAAUUUCAAUCAUCAAAGCUGAUGUUUCAGACCCAUCUUCUCUAAAAGAUCUUUGUAGUAAAACUAAGCUUAUCUUGAACUGUGUUGGUCCUUUUCGUUUAUAUGGAGAACCUGUUGUUUCUGCUUGUGUUGAAGCUGGUUGUGAUUACUUGGAUAUAUGUGGAGAACCUGAAUUUAUGGAGAAAAUGGAAGCAAUGUAUCAUCAGAAAGCAGUGGAGAAUGGGUCUUUGUUGAUUUCUGCGUGUGGAUUUGAUUCAAUUCCAGCUGAAUUGGGGUUCAUGUUUAAUUCUAAGCAAUGGGAGGCACCUGCCGUGCCUAAUCGAGUUGAGGCUUAUUUGAGUUUGGAGUCUGAGAAGAGGAUUGUUGGAAACUUUGGAACCCUAGAAUCUGCUGUUUUGGGUGUUGCUAAUGUGGAUAAGUUGCAGGCAUUGAGGAAGUCCAGACCUAGAAGAGCUAGACCAAUGAUUCCAGGACCCCCUCCUUCUAAAGGACCAUUAAUAGAACACCAGAAAAAUGUUGGCCUUUGGGCAGUAAAGCUACCUUCAGCAGACUCCAUUGUUGUCCGCCGUACACUUUCAGCACUGACAGAAAACCCUCAAGGUCUUGCUGGGGUUAGUGAGAGUGAUGAGCAUAUUGAACAGCGAAAGAAUUUCUGGCAGACAGUGAAGCCCGCUCAUUUUGGAGUGAAGUUAGGGUCCAAAUCUCUUUUGAGUAUCUUUCGGUUUAUUAUGGUUGGAGUCAACAUUGGCCUCCUUGGGAGUCUCAAUUUUGGGAGGUGGCUUAUUCUAAAGUUCCCCUCAAUUUUCACCCUUGGAUGGUUCAGAAAGAAAGGUCCGAGUGAAGAGGAGGUUGAAAGUGCUACAUUCAAGAUGUGGUUUGUUGGACAAGGUUACAGCAGUGCAAAUCUUGCAUCACAAGAGGCAAAUAGCAAACCAGACACAGAAAUAAUUACAAGAGUCAUGGGGCCUGAGAUUGGAUACCUGACAACGCCAGUAAUCCUUCUGCAGUGCGCCCUUAUUGUACUGAGUCAACGCAAAAACCUACCUAAAGGUGGCGUUUUUCCUCCUGGGAUUGUGUUUGGUCCAACUGAUCUCCAAGAACGGCUCCAGCAGAAUGGGAUAUCCUUUGAUGUUAUCUCAAAAAAUGCUAUAUCUUCUUGAUUCUGUCUCAGCUACGGACUGUUCCAAGAAGGCUUCUGUUAAAAAACGGUAAGAACUGUCAAGGUUUCUCAAUAAAAUAGUCGUAGUUUUAGACUAGUGACAAUCUGUAUCUGCUAACAAGUAACAACUGUUCUCGUGUGAAACCAAAUAAAAUGCUGGAAGCGAUAAAUCUGGUACUGGCUUCUAUAGCCCUGGAUUUCUAUCUUCUAUCAAAUGCUUGCUGUUCUUUGGUUUUUUCAGGAACUUCUUGUUCUU